AUGAUCAAACCAAAUCAUUUGGUUCAUAUUGAUUUGAGUCGGACAUCCAUUGUUUCCAGUGCAUUGUCUACACUUGCUUGUAUUAAAGGCCUUCAGUUAAAGCAAGUUGGGGGGUUUUCAAUAAAGCAGUUGAAUCUUUUGUUAAAUUUAAAAGAGCUUGAUAUAUCAGAAUGUCCACACGUUGAUAUGAAAUCAUUGAAACAUGGGAUUGAACAUUUGGCUUGUUUGAAAGUUCUGCACAUGAAGUGCUGCAACUUCUCACACUUCGGUGAUAUUUUCAACCAAGUUUACCCAGAACGCAAACCCCUUGUUGUGUCACCUCUUGGAAACGGUUUACGUCAUCUAGAUAUUGGUUCGUCAAAAUAUUUAGAUGACACAGCGCUGCAGGCUAUUUGCAUUCACUUUGUUAAUUUGGAAGUUCUGAAUAUGAAUUGGUGUUCAUCAGUAACGGAUACUGGUUUGUUGGGCCUUCCCUCACAACAACCAACUGAGGAAGAACAAUUCCUAUCAAGUUCAAAGUAUACCACCAACCAUGGAUACUCGGGGUUGAUCAACAGCCCUACUGAUGAAUAUAAAGAAAAUGAUGAAGUAAAGAUAUUCAAGGAUGAUGAAAUAUUAAGAUGUAUGGAGGAGAGAGGGCUGGUGAGAUUGCGCCUUCUUCGUCAGUUAACAUUGGCAAAUUGUCCAAAAAUAACUUCAACUUCAUUGCUUCAAAUAUUCGGGUAUAAUAACCACAAUCCAUUUCCCCGUUUGGAAAAAUUGGAUUUAGGAAUGCUUCGUUUUGCUGUGACCAAUGACUCAAUUAUCGCAAUCACAAGAGCUUGCCCACGACUCAAUUAUUUUUCCAUGGCAUUCUGUAGCAUGGUUACGGAUGAUUUUUUAAAGUUUCUGAUCGUGGGAAUGAAAAGUUUAAUUUAUUUGAAUUUAUCGAACUGUGACUCAAUAACUGAGGA